AUGGGCCACCCCGACAACACGAAACCGUUACCGCCACUGGCUCCGGGGCCGUCACGAACUUUCGCUCCUCAUAGUUCAACGGGUGUCAGCAGACCAAAGAAGAACUCCACGGCGUGUCUUGCCUGCAAGGCAGCAAAGAGAAAGUGUUCUGGGCCACCCGGUAAAUGCAAAGCCUGUAGUGCCUCUAACCUCGAAUGUCUCUUUGAUCCCAGUCGAGACCUCAGACGCAAGGUAGCCGUGAAGCGGACGAUCCAAGAGUUGACAGAUCACAAAGAUCUGCUAAAUGUUUUGUUGGACACGAUCCGCUCGGCUGAUAAAUCCGAUUGCGACAAAGUUGUGGACAUAAUUCGGAACAGUAUCUCAAAUGAAGAUGUCGCCCGUGCUCUCGGAAGUCCUGCCACGGAAUUUGAUGACAACAAUGGGCUCUUGACUGUUAACGCCUUGUCGAUAUUAGAGGAUCAAGACUACCCUAUGGAAACUUCAGACACUGGAGUGAGACGGCCUUCGGAUCCUGGCAACAUAACAAGCUCCCCAGAAGAGAUCCACGUUGAAAUUACUCAGCCACCAGCAGUCAGCUCUUAUGCACGUAUCACGCUGGAAAGCCUGUGCGAUAUACCGCUGUUCGAGGUGCAGGCCAAGCCGUGGACACAAGUCACGGACGAUGAUUAUUUGGUCUCACACCUUAUUUCGCUUUACUUCACCUGGGAUCAUCCAUGCUCUCAAAUCCUUGACCAGGGUGCUUUUCUCGCGCAUAUGCGGCGCGGAAACCUGAAUUCGGAAUUCUGUGCACCUAUUCUCGUCAACAGUCUUUUAUCAAUGGCCAGUGCAUAUUCUGAUAGCCCUGAUGUGGUUUCAAAUCCCGGAAAUGCAUUUUCACGAGGCCGAAGUUUCUUUUGCGAAGCAGAGAGAUUGUGGAAAGCCGAAAACGGUCGCCCAAGUUUGACAAACAUCCAGGCUCUACUUUUGAUGUGCUGUGUGCUCAAAUCCCAGGGGCAAGUUGGACAAGGCUGGUUGAUGCUUCGGCAGGCUGUUCGGUUGGCCGAGGAAAUGAGAAUCCUCCAUCCGUCGACAUUAUCUCGACCUAAAGACAAGAUACUGCCCGAGAUUGAACGUGUUCGUACAAUCACUGCCUGGGGAAUUUUCCACUUGAACUCAGAAAUGUCAAUGGAGCUGCAGUGGGUUGCUCCAUUGAUAUACCCAGCAUCGGAUAUUAAAUUAUGUGGCAACCAGGAUUUUGAGUGGAUCCCAUAUCCUCGCUCAAACCAUAUCACCUAUGACAAAAGACCAGCACGCCUUCCAGAUGUUCGGGAAGGGAUGGCUCAAAUCACCGAAAUAUUAAUCGAAGUCCAGAACCUUGUUCUUCAGAAAGGCCGGGGCUCCAGCUUUGAAGAGUUAUGGAGACAGGCCGAAGACCCAUUCGAUCGUUUGACUGCUUGGCUCGGGCGCUGGCCCCAGGUGCAUGAAUUGAAGCGUGAUCCCAUUCCCCAAGUUAUCCUCCUGCGAGUCAAAUGCCUUCACACCAUCAUAUCUCUCUUUGAUCUUUUGAAUGACCCUAGUCAGCCGCGACUCGUACAACAGGCCCGGUAUUACCAGGUCAAGUCCGCAGAGGAGAUGGCGCAGUGUCUUCGUAUCCACCGCGAAUGGUACGGUCUCAAACAUAUACCAAGUCAAAUGGUUGAUGCCAUGCAGACAGGCCUUCGGGUUCUAGCCUGCCAGCUGGAUGACAGUGACGAAUCAAGACAGGCAUUUGUUGAGCUCAGUCGGUUUGGCACCGCUCUCAGAAAAAGGUUUAAGCGAAUAGCCGACACGGUCCAUGAGAUUCGGGCACAGGCGCUACGCCAAAACCUCAAGCUACCGUCCGAGGCCGUUGCACUUUUCGAUGACCCAGAACAUUGGGAGGGGCGAGGGGCGUGA